AUGCCGCCGUCGCCUUUCCUCAGUCUGACCGGCUCUGCCCACCCUCCCACGCUGUUCCUAGCCCGAACGUUUGACCGAAGAUGGGCGGGGCUACCCUCAUCGGGCACUUCUCAUCCACUCACCAUUGACGAUCCUUCCAAGCCCGCCUACAGCAUCGCAUUCACACGACCACGGCAGCCAUGCACGCUCCAUUCUGCCGCCCUGUUCGCCAUAUCGAACUGUCGUGCGUGGAUGCCCAGCCUGCCACACUUGACCCAAUCACAAGAGCCCGGCGCCCCGUCGUCGGGUGGGACCCCCAGCCCGAACGUGGCACCCUGCUCCGUGUUACCAGCCGACCACACGUCUCAAAGCUUGCACAGCUCUGCACCCGUAGAUUCGGUCCCAGACCCCGCUCCUCAACGGUGCCAGUCCACCUUCUCCAAGCCGCAAGGAGCUACUAUGGAUCCAACCAUGGGAAUACCAGCCUGA